CAGGAUUUGCAUCCAAGUAUUAAAAAUAAUCCUUGUAUUUAUAAUCACGUUAGUUUGUCUAAUUAAAAUGGAUGGGCUAUGUAAAAAACGGCUGUAAUUCCUAAAUGGUUCAGGCAAUAUUUUUGUUAAACCCCUUGAAUUAAAGCUGAAAGUCUGCACUUCAAUCACAUCUUGACUGCUUUAUUUCAAAUCCAUUGAGAUGGUGUACAAAUAUUGUCCAAAUACUUAUGGAUCUGACUGUAUAUAUAGAUAUAGAUACAGACUAUCUUACUGCACUGGUAGAUUUUGUACAAUCCAUCAAUGAUCUCCUAAUGCAGAAUCUUAGAUAUAUGUUGGCUGCACUUCAGAUGCUUCACUUACCAAGAUAUAUUUUCCAUAGUGAAUGCUGCUGUACUGACACUGGGAGGUGUGUAUGCACAGUAAUUAGACAUAGUGCCCCCCUCCUCCUCUCCAUGUGCUCCAACUCUCUUCUUCUCCACUCUGCACGUUCAACUCUCUCUGCACACUCGCGCGAAAAAACGCAAUAAGGAUUCCCAACCGGGCAGCUGUACAAGAGUCUUCACCGGACACCGCUGUGGUCCAGACGUUUUCCUCAGCCCUCCCUGAGUAGGAACAGCCUCAGCUCUGUCCAGAAGAGGGGGGGGCAACACUGGGAGACAACAUCGAUCGCGCCAAUGGCUGACCUCUCAGAACAUCAUCCCUGUUUCUGCACGUGUCCGUUCAGCUCAGGUGGUGCUCCAGAAGUAACGAAGAGAGGAAAGCUCCAGCUUGCGGUUUAGGGUGAAGCCCUCGUGCGUCGGCCAGUCUUCUCUCGCGCGUAGCUCCAGCUCUACAUCAGCGUUUCAGAGCGUCGGUAGGUAACUUUUUUUUCCCGCGUCGCGCCGGUGAAACGGUCCAGUCCCAUAUGCUUCUCACAAGAGAUGAAGCCUGAUCGAGGGGCUCCAGCGGCCAGGAUUUUGCCUCGGUCUCGCGGGCUGGAGAAGUUUGGGUCCAGCCUGCAGCGCACCACAGCGCGAGAGCAUCAUCUCCAACUUUAAGCCCCGGCACGCGGAGCUCCUCUUCGGAUCCCACACUGUUCUGGGCUCUUCAUGCCACCCACCAAUGAGCUAACUGGGCAGGAAUGUUCAGAGGACCACGCUGCGAGAAGCUCGAGGGCAAAGUCGCCGUUCAGCGCGAGAGGCUGGAUUAUUGAACCCUUCCAGAGCAGAGAGUUGUCCGCGCCUCGCGCUCGUGUGCUCGCCAGGUGGACUGUGAAGAGACAGGAGGAAUGUUUGUUCCAAAUUUGCCGUCGACCGCUUUGGGGGUUCUGCCUUUUUUGUUUAACCACUGCUUUCUGUCGCUGUUCCUGCCACUGUUACAGCAUGCCCAGGGAGAACUCCAGAAGUCAUGCUCUCGGAGCCCAGCAGCUCCAAUCGAAGACAUCUGCCAGCUGCCAUGCCAGUGCAGACGCUACCCACCCUUACCACCCCCACCCCCUCCACCACCACCGCCCAGACUGCUCACUCCCACUGUGGCUCCGUCUACUGUUCCACCUAUGAAGCCCUGGGGAAGGGAGGUCGAGAUUUUGGUGCUGGGGACAGUGAGCUGUGCUUCAGUAGUCUUCCUUCUCCUGACCAUCAUCAUCUGCUACAAGGCUAUUAAGAGGAAACCACUGCGGAAAGAAGAGAACGGCACAAGCCGAGGAGAGUACGCCAUGAGCUCUCGCUGCAAGCAACAGGUGGUGGAGACCAACAACACUGGCGUAUAGUAGUUCCAGAGCAAAGCAGUGGAACACUGUAAAAACUCCUGACCCCAUGACACCAUCUCUUUCUCCCAGCUUUGAAAGGGUUUGGAGAUGGAUGAAAGGUAGAGAAUGAACUUUUGAAGGAACUUUAAACAGUGACUCUGCUUGAGUGGGAGAUAUGAAUACUUAAAAAAACACUUAAAUGACAAAUAAGUGCUGGUUUAUGAUUGAAGUAUGACAGUAUAAAAAAGGAUCAGAGAAACCAUGGAGCCCAGAGACUCAUUGUUAUGUUGGACCAGAUGACAGCUGUCAGUAUCCUGAGGCUGAGGCUGUCAGGCCCUGAGACACCUCGAGGCCUCCUUGGAGGACAGUAUACCAGUAAACACCAACAACAAAUCAAACGCAUGCACUUUCUGUUGAAUGCAAUGACGUCUUAAGGUUCCUCUCCUCGCUCUCCUUUCUGUCUCUGUUUCUCUGCAGUUUCCUCCCUCCCAACUUCAUGUAAAUAAAGAAGGCCAUGUUGCUUUGUGAGUUCUGGUUGGAGCGCAUCCUGAGAUGUAGUUUGUGUACCAAGUGUAAGCUAAAGGAGAAGCAGGACGUUGAUUGCUUUUUUUGUAUGACUAUGCAACUGGAAAGGAUUGAAACGUAGUGGUGCAUGUUCGUGAUAUAAAAAACACAAUGUUAGCAUCAUUUGCUGCUAAUCAGCAUUGCUAAUUUCUAAUGUCGAUCAAGCAGUCUGAUACUAAGUGGCCAAUUACUUGCUCUAAUGGUAUUACUGUACAUGUGUAAUUGACUAAUUAAGCUGUCAUUGCUUAUCAUCAGUAAGUAGAUUAGAAUACAUGCCACAUAUACAUAAAUUAAAGACUGUUAUUUAACUAGAGUUACAUCAUGAAGCAAAUCGCUGCUGUCUGAACAAAACCUUGUAUCUCCGUUUUUGCUGUUUUUCAGUUUUUUACAUAAUUUAAAAAUGUCUGUUGUCUUUUACAUUGUGCUCAAAUUUCAUGAUGAAGGGACCAAAAGAAAUGGCCCAAAACAUACCAUGUUUCCAUUACUUGGAAAAAAGCCUGGUUCCAUUGACUUACAUUGAAUUAAAAGUAUGUUUUUUCCUUCUCCUGUAAAGUUACCAUUUUGGAGAUGCGAGGUUUUGUUCUGACAGCAGUGAAAUUAUUGUUAUUAUUAUUUUAGGUUUUGUAAUUGGAAUUCUUCACACAAAUUAAAAGAUCUUUACACCUUAUUACAUGAUGUAUUUUACUAAAUUAUCACAACAGAAUUUAAAUUAAGUGUUAAAAUGUAAUAUUCACCAUCCAUGAGUUAAUAAUCUGUUUUUGAGUGCAGGCAUUAGCCUGGGCAGACUGUCCCAUGUGAUGAAGAAGUUAAUUCCUUAAAAUAUAUAAUUGCACAGGGAUGCAGGAAGGUGUUUUACAUUUUCCUCAUUUUUUGAAAUAGAAAAGGUUGAUGUAGUAAUAUAUAAACACUGUUUCAAAGUCUGUAAAGUUCAUAUAUGAAAACUACGCUGCAAAAACAGCCCAUUAUGAAUUUAUUGUGAUGUCACAGAAAACAAUCCAUUUACAUACACCUACCACAGCAGUUUAGCCCACCCACUGAUGCUGAAGUGAAGGAGUGUUUCAUCCCAGACUACUUUUUGAAUGGAGCUUAUUUACAUAUAUCAGUCUUAAAGGCACAGUAACAAAAACAGCCUGUUUAAUUAAUUAAGGCAUAACGUCAGACAGUGGUCCUGGAAAAAUGAAUUAUGACUGUUUUUUUGGUACCUAAAGGCCCACAGACAUUAUGAGUGUACUUCAAGGAGUAAAAUUGCAAAAAUGAUGUAGGAUAUGGGCCCUUUAAGUUGGUGGUGCUACCAUUUUAGGCAGCACAUACUUGAUGUACUGCAAAAAUUAUUUGUCGUCAUAAUGCGCUAUAAUGUAGCAAGAGACGCCAAUUUACACAGUCGAUUUGUUUUAAAACUCAGUUCUUUUAUUUAUUUACUUAUUUUAUUUUUAAUUAUUAUUUUACGCAGUUAUAGUUAAACAAUCCUGAAAUCUGGGGGUGGUACAGCACCCUCACUUCCCUGGUCUCUGCAA